GUAAAAAAUUCUUGAUAAAGGCGGAAAUUAUAAAAAUUCCUACUUAACUAUUCCGAAAAACUGUCAAUAACUGUAUCUGUGUGUCUAUAGCAACAUUAAUCCACGGAUGAAAUGACGACGGUGCGAACAAGCUAGGAUUUGAGCCGAACUUUUAUUUGCUGAUUCAGAGGCGCGGUUGUGUUAUCCAUAAAUGUACGACUUCCCGGCUUAUUACAAGUCAUUCGAUGCGGCUCCCAGGCUUGAAAUUCAAGACAAAAUUUUUGUCGAAAUCCGGGAAUCGAAAUUCAGAGGAGAAACAAUCCGAAUGGUGGAAGAUCGCGGUUAUCGGACUGAUGGUAACGGCGUCGGGUCUCCUUUUGGCAUCUUGUGCGUUGGCCGGCAGUUCGUCGAAGGGUGAAGAAGCUGAAAAAGUCGAAGAAUCUUCUCCCACGUUACAAGGAAUAAGUUCUUCAACGGGGGAGGAUUUUUUCCCCGCUCAUCGAAGACUGUUGCCGAUGGCUCAGGUUUACUGUUUGAUUCAAAGUUGCAUCGUGACAUGUUCCUUCGUACCGGCUUCCGCCGACGCUGGAUCGAUUGCCGCCAUUUUAAUAAACUCCGAAUAUCAGAAUCAAUGUCCGGAUAAAGCGAUGAUCGAAGAGCUGAUAUUCGAAAACUGCAGAUUCUCCGGAGACGCAUUGAAGUUGGGCUGGCUGCCGACGAAGUUGCAGGUGAACAAAUUGACCUUGAAACGUUGCGCUCUCGCUUCGAUCAACGCCGACGCUUUCAGCACCGCACCCUUCAGGGCGCUGACCAGUCUUCGCAUAAUCUGCAACGCUGUGACCGUUCUCCAAAAAUCUUUGUUCGAUCGGCUGGUCGGUCUCCGGGAACUAGUGAUUUCCGACAACUUGUUGCAAACUGUGGAAGCCGAUCUUCUCGCGGGAACGGCGAACUCGUUGCAGAUAAUACAGAUGAGCGGUGCGAUUCGUAGCGAAAUCGUACUGCGAAAUAUAUUGGGACAGAGUCCGCUACCCGCCGUACAAAUAUUAUCGCUGUCAGGUAACUCGUUGGGAGCCAUUUCAGGAGAUACUUUCAGAGGUCUUCCAAACGUCCAGUCCGUCUAUCUGACAAACUCGGGGAUAUUGUCCAUAGAAGCGACCGCUUUUCAACCGUUCGCAAAAUCCGUACGUCAAAUUUUUCUAGCUGAUAAUAAAAUUACGCUGCUCCCAAACGGUCUGUUCGAUUCGAUAAUCGGAUGGAAUCCGAACUUCAAAGUCACCCUGGCGAACAACGAAUGGACGUGCGACUGCGAGAUGGAAUGGAUGAGAAAAUUUUCGAACGCCCAUCCCGACACCAUAGCGGAUCGUCCCCGUUGCGCCGCACCGGCACGUAAUUUUGGACUCGAAUUUCCGGAGGCGAAUUUCUGCGAAGUUCAAACGACCACGGUGUCCGGUUACUCUUCCGAAAUCGCGCAACUCACCACGCCGGGAGAUAAAAUGACAGUUUCCGAUCGUAGUCUCGUCAGUUUUACGUGCGAAGGGGCCGAAGAACACGAGGAACUUCUCGAGUCCAAAUCAUCCGGUAGGAAACUACUCGCGACGCGACAGUUCAAUUUUCUCACCAGGCCGCGUGAAUUUUCCGCCCACGAAGAGGAGGACGGUUCGAUUUACGUGAAUCUCGGUAAAUCGGUGUCCACCUACACGUUGAUAUGGUUCUACAACGAUUUCGAUAAAACGAACAGCGAGCCUUCCGGUGUCCGUUGCAUAGCGGACGUGAAAAAAUCAAUUCAUUUGAGCGAACUGAGGGCGGGAGUCUCGUACACCAUCUGUCUUCUGGAGAUGACCGGUGACGUGACCUCUCCGUUCGACUGUCUGUCGCUCCAGACUCGUCUGAACUUUGGAAACGGCGUUUGGAUAGCCAUCGAGGACAGGACGUUGAUAAUAAGCUGUUUGACGGCGCUGCUGAUUUUCGUCUGCGUCGUCAGCAUGCUGGGAUCAUACUUGGUCGUCCGCCGGAAUCCCCGGCUCCUCAAAGGGAACAAACGGAUCAUAAUGGUGCGUCACAGAGCUGCGGACGCGAUAGUUUUACCCGCGAGGAUCCGAUUGGCGGCGAAUAAAAGCCCCCGUCCGAAGUCCGCGGAAGCGGAGAGUUCGAGUCACGGAUCCGGCUACAUAACGCCGGUCAGCAAAGAGAAACUAAUGCGUCCGAGAGGCUCCGUCACCUCCGGUUCGAGUUCUCGUAGCAGCGCCACGAGUUACGUCUCCGGUAUCGAACCCACGAGCAUGCAACUUAUGACCUGGAGGAUCGGCAGGAUCAAGGAGAUAUUAUCCUGCAACGAUCCGAACAACUUCGACGACUCACCGCCGCCCUUGCCACCCCCGAGAAACCAAUCGAUACCCUCCCUGUCUUUGAACGUCGACGAGAGGCACGCUUCGAACGACAUAACGAUCGAUCCCACGGCGUCCGCUUUCGGAUCUUCUGCCGACAACGGAAAUCGAUCGGAAAAUAAUUCACCGAUCAACGAUUAGCUCUACCGAUCGUUCGGGCUAUCGAAGACUGUGCAAAUUUUCUUUCACAUCGUUGACAGUUUUCACGGUACAUCCACCGUGUUCUAGAAUGUGAUCGACGCGGACUGUGAUAUUAGUUUUAGCAUUUCAUUUCCCUGAACGGAAAAUUGGAAACAGGCUAUCCGGGCGAAGAAUGGCUUUAGAAAAAAAUUGCCAAGAAAAAACGGGGUGUCGAUUCGGAUGAAUAAAUGAUGAAAAAAAAAAAAAUCGUUCGAUGAGUCGCGGGGUAGAUCUUCGCAAAGGUGUCGUGUCAGCCUAUUUAUACCCUCUACUCGGUUACUCGACUGACUGGGCUGCAGAACCCGCUUGUUAUCUGAUUGGCUAAGCGGGUCACGUUAUAUCUGUUUUGGGAUUGAAACGUCUGGCAUCGUAGCUGCUCUUCUAGAGAAGACCUUGGCAACGGGCUAGAAAUCCUAUACAAGGAUUUACAGCCCGACCAAUCGAGUGCAAGCUCCGAGCUAAGAGCCGCAGGCGGGGGGGAAAACUGCACACCGCCUCGGGGAGGAUGAGAAUUUUUCAUACAGCCAACUUUGCAAUCAGCUUUAACGAUUGUCUAUGCGGAGAACGAUUAUUGUUCGUUUUAAUAAUUAUCAACGGCAACUUCUAUACGUGAACUUGCAUGCACUCGUUGAAUUAGAUGAGUAACAUUAUACGACGCGUUUGAGAGGAAAAAAAUAAAAAAAAUAUCAAUCAAUGAAUUCGAUCUUCCGGAAUAUGCGUGUAUUGGUUCAGGGAUCACGAGUCGUUUCGGCAGAGAAAAAAAUUUUCGCUCCAACGAAUUUUUAUCUGGGUUAGAUCCCGCCGUUAAUCCAUCCAUUUCCCUGGAUUAGUGGUGUUGGAGUAAAUUCGGUAAAUUUUCAGAUACGCGAGGCUUAAUUAUUAUCUGUUACACCCGGCGUAAUAAAAGUCCACUGAAAAAAUUCUGAGGUAGCGCAUAAUUGUUGUUGAAAAUUAUUCGCGUGCGAUGCUGUUUUUCAUUAUUGUCGAAGUGAAAAAUUGAAGCGAAUAAAAAUUACCGUGCAAUAAUUGUAUCGCGGAAUCGGCGCGAUCGGUGAACGUAGAUUUUAAAUUGGAUAUCCGAGCAAGAAUUAGUCAAUAGAUUCGAAUCAAUGAUAUUGAAUUAUUAUUUUAUAUGGAAUAAACAUCGUUGUCUAGCUAUAGAUUCGGAAGUGGGGCAAUCAAUAUUAUUAAUUACAGGGUACCGACGACAGUCGAUGUAACGAUAUAUGCGGUCGAACGAAUUUUAACCAAUAAACAAUUAGCGAUUGCCGAUUGGUGCCAAGAUGACGUAUGAUUGGCGAUGAUGUAUUGCCGGUGACCGGAAUUCGACGUCAUUGCAUCGAUCUCGUUUCUAGCUAAUUAGUGUUACGAGGACGUAUUUUUUGUCGACUUUGAAAACAAUUGGAAAAAAAUCGAGCUUUUUAAAGCCGGUAAAAGAG